AUGCAAGAGCUAUUGUUGAACUCCUACCUCGCGUAUGGGUCAGGCAGAUCCUUCGUUUUCGACAACUACACAUGGAAUCGGGACGGUUCCGACUACACUGACUAUAAUGGCAAACUCAUCCCAUCACGAAUACCGCUAUCUGCAAUCAUGUCAGGACCCACGAUAGGGGGACCUUUCCCACCCGGCGAUCCGGCGCCCCGCGCUGUUACCAAGGAAUAUUUUGAUGAAGUUUGCCCGCACCCAACGGUUAUUCACAGUGAUGAAGUGUCGUCACAACUGCCCGGAGACUCGUCCGCGCAGAUGAUGUUCGACAAGUGGAUAGAGAAACUCAGAACCGCUGACCGCUGCGUCGAGAUUGACCGCGACUCGCUCCAAAUAUUUUCUAUCUGGAUUUUCGGCUCGAGACGCGUGCUCGACAUCUACGACAGCCUCACCAAGUCGCCCAUUCUGAGCGACUUCCGCUGGUCCCCGCUCAUUGAGUCCGCCUUCGAGACGAACCGGCCCAUCUUCUCCCCCGCAUCUGGUCUCGAGCCCUACAUUCCUGCGCUCCCUUGGUUUGGAGCGAGCUCGAAUCCCUACCCACCACUUCCCGGUUUGCUCGUGCUCCACGUCCGGCGCGGCGACUUCGCAAGCCACUGCGAGCACCUCGCGAGAUGGUCCUCGGACUGGAACGGAUUCAAUCAGUUUCCCACAUUGCCGGACAAGUUCGAGCGGCUGCAGAGUGCGGGCUGGGGCGAGACCGCACCAGAAAACUUAGAUCUGUAUAUGCGGCGGUGCUUCCCGAGCAUUGAGCAGAUCGUCGCGAAGGUCGAGGAGGUGCGCGCGACGCCCGCUGGGCGCGGGCUGCGCCACGUUUACAUCAUGACGAACGGCGCGAAGGACUGGAUCGACGAGCUCAAGCGCGCGCUGGGCAAGACGGGGCAUUUCAAGAAGGUGUCGAGCAGUCGCGAGCUGCGAUUGAGCUGGGAGCAGAAGUACAUUGCACAGGCGGUUGACAUGCUCAUCGGCCAGCGGGCCCAGGUGCUCAUUGGCAACGGGUUUUCGAGCCUGACGUCGAAUAUCGUCAUGAUGCGCAUGGCAAAUAAUCUCCCACCGGAGUCGAAUCGGUUCUGGUAG